UACUGUCCUCUUAAAGAGACAGGGGAGUAUUCGGCCGCUCAACAGCUACAGGAAAGAUGAGUGUCACUUUAAAACUCGCAUGACAGUCGGUAGUGGUGAAAGUGGGGUAUGUGAGUUUGUACUGUUCGGGGUUUUAGCUCUCCCAUAACCCGCCGCCGUCGACCUUUAGAUCUCGGGCCCCGGGGCGGGUAGGCAGCUCCGCCGUCCACGGUGGCAAUUGGCUGCGCUCCUCUCUUCUGUCUACAACUGCUUCCUACUGCUCCGCGUGUCGUGGCCCAAGCACAGCAGACAGUGCUCUCUCUCUCUCUCUCUCUCUCUCACACACACACACAUACACAUGCAUACACACCCGCCUUUCACGUGCAAACACGCACAUUAUGUGGCGUGAAUGCGCGCGAUGCUACUGGAGCCCAAAGUCCUCCGGACCGUGUCGCAGUCUCUUAUCGGUAUGUUUGAAGAUUAACGAGGUUAUCCGUGUCCAGUAGACCACAAGCCACCGCCAGUACCAGGCCAGGAAGCCGACGGAGCGGGGGCUGACAGCGUGUCGAGGCCGGCUGGGAGGAAGGGAAGUCAACCGCUGAAGCUGCAUCGGACUACAGCAGAGGACGGGUACCAUCAUGACCGAGAAACGGAUGUCACGCUGGUAUUUCGGGGGGUUGGCGUCCUGCGGAGCCGCCUGCUGCACGCAUCCUCUGGAUCUAAUCAAGGUACACCUGCAGACGCAGCAGGAGGUGAAGAAGAGGAUGAUGGGGAUGGCCAUUCAUGUGGUGAAGAACGACGGCGUGCUGGCGCUUUACAAUGGCCUCUCUGCCUCCCUUUGUAGACAGAUGUCCUAUUCCCUCACCAGAUUUGCCAUCUACGAGACAGUGAGGGACAUGAUGGGUAGCUCAAGCCAGGGCCCCAUGCCCUUUUACCAGAAGGUCCUGCUGGGAGCCUUCGGAGGUUUCACUGGUGGGUUCGUUGGUACACCGGCAGACAUGGUGAAUGUCAGGAUGCAGAAUGACAUGAAACUACCACCAGAACUGAGGAGAAACUACAAACAUGCCAUAGAUGGGCUCUUCAGAGUCGCCAGAGAAGAGGGUGUGAGGAAGCUGUUCUCAGGAGCCACCAUGGCCUCCAGCAGAGGAGCGAUGGUCACUGUCGGACAGUUGGCAUGUUAUGACCAAGCCAAGCAGCUCGUUCUGGGAACAGGGAUGAUGGGAGACAACAUACUAACACACUUUCUCUCCAGCUUCAUUGCUGGAGGCUGUGCUACAUUCUUGUGUCAACCUCUGGACGUGCUAAAGACGAGACUGAUGAACUCAAAGGGAGAGUACACGGGGGUGACACAUUGCUUACGAGAAACUGCCAAGCUGGGUCCACUGGCAUUUUACAAGGGUCUCGUCCCAGCAGGGAUCCGCCUGAUUCCCCACACAGUGCUCACCUUCAUCUUCCUCGAGCAGCUCAAGAAAUAUUUUGGCAUUCGCAUCAUCUCCUGAGCACGCUUCGUGACGGGCCACUCUUCAGCCCCUCCUCUUACCCCCUCCCAACACUGCCACCGUUGUUCACAAGACCCCAUCAGUUCUCUGCUUUUAACAUUUCCAAGAAAAGAAGGGACGUAAGGAAGUCACAUCAGUCCUGCAAGCUCGUACAUGUUUCCUUCUCCUUUUGCUCUACCUCUGUCUCAUGGCCAGACACUAAGUGAUUUUAAUUAUCAGGAGCACCACCUGCUGGAAGGGAUGAAUACUGGAAUAACAGAUGAUUGCCUAUGCUAGGAAAGAAGUUACUAAUUAUACAUGUGCUUUCCUGAUGUUAUUAGCAUGACCUUCCAAAUUUAGAGAGAUUAAAAUUAGCUUUAGCAGAUGUUUAAUGUACAUUAGUUGUCCAUCAUAAUUUCAAGUCCUGUUAGUUACGUGACUAGAUGAGAAGUUGUAUGCCUUGAUUACAGCAGACUAAUUCCUGAUCAGAUUUUGUGAUUUAUGUUUUAAUCUCAGCACUAAGUACUUUAAACCCAAUCUAUCAGUGGUGUACAGCGCCUUCAGAGCCCACGCCACUGUAAUAACAAGACUGUGGCUUAAAAAGUUUGUGCCAAGAAUGUGUGCUCUAUAGUUCUCUACCACACUUGAUUGUUUUCAUAAAGGCCAACAUUAGCAAAAGUCUAAAACGUACUUAUGAAGCUAUAAACAAACACAAUAUAGCCUUGCGGUUCUUACCAAUUCAUAAUAUUUCCCAAAAGCUAUCACUGAAACAUGAACUGAACAAGGUUUUAUGUAAUUGCAUAGUAAUCAUUCCCAGUAGUGGUGACCAAAUGUGAUGCCCCCUGAUUUUUACAUUUACAAAGAAUUAUUUGUUGCCUGUUAUUAUUUUUGAAGUGGAAAUCAACCUCUAACACGUUAAAAUUUCAUUCCACUCCUAUCACUAUAUCAUUCUUAUAUCUUUCCGGGGAAGAGGACCAAGCUCGUCUGUCGUGUUUGUUUUUAAGUGAGGAGGGACGUUAGUGGAGAAACUGUGAAGAAGAAGGUACAUUUGGCAGCGGUUCUUUUAGUUUUCAUUCCCAGUGAAACUGUAAAUGACCACUUGAUCCCUUUUAAGUUCUUACUGUUUGAAUAGAGAUGCCUGUUUAAAAGCUUGUAGGCAACUGCUGUACAGUAUAAAUAUACAUGUAGCAUUUCCAUCUAUAAUAUUGUUUCAUUGAGCUGAAUGCAUGUCAGUCUUUAUGACUCAGGAUGCUACUGUUUUAUACAGCACUUUACUGAAAAUCCCUUGACUCCUACUGACUAAGCUGCUGCGUAGAUACACAUGCUGCACACUAAAACGUGUUCUAAAAGUAAAAAUGGAAACAUUUUCAUUUGUUUUGAUUUUACACUAUUAACAGCUCCAGGUGAGCAUGUUUUGUGGCUCUCGUCGGUUAUCGUCCCGUGAUAAGUUUGACUUUGGUUCAGAGGAAUCAAACGUUCCCUGUGCUGUGCCUGUUCUGUUUACACAGACCAUGUCAAGUAAUGUUGCCUUACAGGAUCUGUCCCACAGGGGGCAGUGUAGUAAUGUGUGAAGUAUCUUCUCUUAUGCAGCCCCGCACCUUCAUCUUAGAAUCCAUUUAAAGAUAAGAGUCACAGUGUCACUGACUGACUCUGUUUGCCUGCAUGUUCUUAUGUUCAAGAGUUCCUUGACAAUGUGAGGGUCUGGACUGUAGGUCAGCCAUAUUAUAUUAUAUUGGUAAUGUUAACCCUAACUUUAUUCAUACGCACAGUAAUAAAACUGGAUGGACCCACAGUUCUGGGAGUUGUGAAUUUGUAUUUUGUAGAUCAUUAACUAAUGAUUUUGGAAUUAAAAUACUAAUGGAAAA